AUGCUACAACCAAUUCGAUUCAGUCUAUGCGCAAUCUUAUCGCUUUUUUUGAUUGUGACAUAUCUUCCUACGGCCAAUACAUCGCCUCUGGAAUUUUCCGAGCGGGAAUCUCAUAAUGGUCAGGAAUUGCGUACCGAGACCGCACCUGGGAAGCUUGGAGCAAUUGCCAGUGAGAGUGCUAUCUGCUCUCGGCAUGGAGUGGAUAUCCUGAAGAUGGGAGGCAAUGCUGCCGAUGCUUUGGUUGCAACCAAUCUUUGCGUUGGUGUUGUCGGCAUGUAUCACAGCGGAAUUUCUGGAGGUGGCUUCAUGCUCAUCAGGGCACCGAAUGGCACAUAUGAAUUCAUUGAUUUUAGGGAAACCGCCCCAGCGGCAGCCUUCGAAGACAUGUUCAAAAAUAACACCAAGGGAGCUGUCUAUGGUGGCCUAGCAAGCGGAGUGCCCGGUGAGAUAAGAGGUCUUGAGACCCUCCACAGAAAGUAUGGAACUCUCCCAUGGGCAACCCUCGUACAGCCAGCCGUUCGAACAGCCCGUGAAGGAUUCACCGUCGGAAAAGAUCUGGUCAGAUACAUGGAAUCUGCAGUCGGCGAUGGUGAAGACUUCCUAUCGAAGAACCCGACUUGGGCGAUUGACUUCGCUCCAAAUGGAACUCGACUCGGGCUGGGAGAUAAAAUCACCCGACACCGAUAUGCGGAUACUCUUGAAGCAAUUGGGAAGCGUGGCCCGGAUGCAUUCUACUCAGGACCUAUCGCAGAGACCAUGAUCAAUGCUGUGCAAGCUGCCAAUGGUACUAUGACAUUAGACGAUUUGAAGAACUACACUGUGGCGAUUCGGAACGUGUCCCAUAUUGACUAUCGUGGGUAUAAGGUCACAAGUGCAACGGCGCCUUCCAGUGGCGUUGUCGCUCUGAGUAUCCUCAAGAUUGUGGGGACAUAUAAAGGUCUCUUUGCCAACGAACAAGCUGUGAAUCUGAGCACCCAUAGACUGGAUGAAGCGAUGCGAUUCGGAUAUGGCCAGGUAAGAAUGAUUUUUUUUGGGACACGCUUUGUAGAAACAGCGCUGACUCGAGAACAGAGAGCCAACCUUGGUGAUCCGUUGUUUGUGGAUGGGAUUCCCAAAUAUGAAUCGGAUAUGCUGGAUCAAGCUACGAUCGACGAGAUCCGAUCAAAGAUCUCGGAUGUUCGGACUCAAAAUGUUUCAGCCUAUGAUCCAGCUGGAUUGGAAAGCCUGGAUACUCCAGGAACCUCUCAUAUCGUGGCAAUUGACCACACUGGUCUUGCGAUUUCGGAAAUCACAACGAUCAACACUUUGUUCGGCAGUCGGGUUAUGGUACCAGAGACAGGUAUCAUCAUGAACAACGAAAUGGAUGACUUCUCCAUUCCCGGAUCAUCCAACUCAUUUGGAUACAUCCCCUCCGAAGCGAAUUACGUUCGAGCCGGAAAACGUCCACUGUCAUCCAUGACACCCGUGAUCGUCGAACGACCCGAUGGUACACUGUUCUUGCUAGCUGGCUCUGCAGGUGGCAGUCGCAUCAUCACCGCUACAGUCCAAAACGUUAUCCGCUCGAUCGAUCAGGGCCUGUCGGCUGCCGAGGCCUUGACUCAACCUCGUUUGCAUGAUCAGCUGGUGCCAAACCAGGUCACCUUUGAGUACGAUUUUGACAACUCGACAGUGGCCUUCAUGAAAAAUCUUGGCCACAAUGUCACUUGGGUGGCGCCUGGACAGAGCAGUGCUCAACUGAUUCGGGUCUUGCCUAACGGGACCUUUGAUGCUGCUGGUGAACCGAGGCAACUUGACUCAGCUGGGUACUCUGUAUAG